AUGUCGCCGGCGGGAGAUACAUCGGUGAACGAUUACGACCGUGAAUCAGUCGAGGAACAGAGAAGAACUCCGGCGAUGGGAACUCCGGUAAGAAAAAAGACGACGAUGACGAGUGCGAUGGGGUCUGGUAUGGCUUUUUGUUUGAGUCCAUUAGUGAGAGCUAAACCCAAUUGUUCUACGAAAUGGAAAGGGAAAUUUCCGCCGGAUUUUGGAUAUUCCGGUGAAUUAAAGUCGCCGGCGAAUCCUCAUAUUUCAACGGCGGCUUCUUUUUGUGCAAAUCGGUCUAAGAAGCUUGUGGAUUUAGGACGAGUUGAUCAUCGCCGUUGA